CUAAAAGCUUUCACAAUAACCUAACCCAAAAUCUCAAAUUGAAAGAACACACAAACCCUUCUUCUCUGAUAUCCCGCCACCGCCGCCCCGCUCCCCGCCGUGAUACAUACCUUUAGCUGCCGUUAAUGAUACUUAUACCCAAAUGAGAUGGCUUUUUGAGGUUUAAAAACAAUUGAUUUUUUGAUCCCCAAGAGGCUCUUAAAAGAAGCAGAUUUUUAAUGGAGGAGAAACAAGAACAAGUGACAUCUUCAGACAACAAACCGAACCCUAAUUUAUGUAAUGAGUGCAACAUUAAUGCAUCAAAGUACAAGUGUCCAGGAUGCUCACUCCGCACAUGUAGCCUCUCUUGUGUCAAUUCCCACAAGCAGCGUACUGCCUGCACUGGGAAACGACCACUUACUAAUUUUGUCCCGAUUUCCCAAUUCGAUGAUAACCAGCUUGUUUCAGAUUAUAAAAUGCUUGAGGAUGUGAAGCGAAUUGCUGAUUGUGCUCAGAGGACCAGAGUUGCGGUGUGUGGGAGUUCUCAUUUUAGGCUUCCCCACCCCCUCAAACAUCUUCGGGGUGCUGCUGCAAGUCGUAGGAUAAAAUUACUUUUUCUUUCCAGUGGAAUGUCAAGGAGAGUGAAGAACAAGACUUUCUACAACCAUAGGAAAAAAUCCAUAUCUUGGACUGUCGAAUGGCGGUUUCAUUCCACUGAUGUUGUGCUCCUUGAUCAUGGAAUACACGAAAAUUCCACUUUCUUUUCCGUGAUUGAGAACCACUUAAAGCCUGGUCCUUGGAACCACCAGUUGAAACAAUUCUGCGAUGAGAGCAUAGAUUCUCUUAAAUUUUUCAUCCGCAAGUACCCAAAGGGACCAAAAUCACCUUUUUGCCAACUAGACAUAAACGCUCCAAUCCACGAGCAGUUAGCCAAUAUAGUCAUUCUGGAAUAUCCGGUUAUCCAUGUCUUUCUACCCUCACACAGCUAUGAUUUUGAUGUAAUACAAGUUGCCAAUCGGAGCAAAGUGGAGCCUGCUCAACGUGAUUACCCAAGUCCUAAAGGCGUAACUUUUAAGGAGGAAGAAAUCGAAGAUGGGGGCUCUCCAGAUCCACUUGUCUCGGAUUUGUUGAGUCAUAAGAUAAAGGGAACUGAGUCUCUACCAAGCCAGUUGGUUCACAGCCCACGAGCUGUCAAAGCAGUGGGUUCAGCCGAUCCAGAUUCUCGCCGUGAUACAUACACCAUCACGACUGAAGAUAAAAAAGGCAGCAGCCGUUCCUGCAUUGAGGAGUUGGCUGAAAUUUCUGAUCUGGAUAUUGAUUUUGAGUCUGGUUUUAUUGAUGUAUACCCAAAUCUGGAUACUGCAGAUGCCAACUCUGAUGAGUUUCUUGAUUUUGAUCGGAUACUAUUAUCCAAACAAAUGGAAAUCGAGGAAGGAGAAUAUUUAAUGGAGGAAGAACUAGAGGAGGGAGAGAUAGCAUAAAUACCUCAACCUUAUUUUGUUGUAGCUUUGGUGCUAUAUAUUGUAGUUUCUUUGUCCAAACCUUAUUUUGUUGCAGCUUUGGUGCUAUAUAGAUUCUUUGUCCGCAA